AUGAAAGCAUUUCCUUGUGCUGAGGAUCAUGACUUGCGACAGGCAGCACAUUGUGCCUGGCUCUCACAGACCAACCCGUUUGAGGUCAGCGGGGAACUUCCCAGCAGUACUCUGAUCCCAACAGCGCAGCGCCAGCCUCGUGUGGACUUCGUGAGCAGUGCAACUGCGAUGAAGAGCAUUUUCCGUGCAUCCUUUGAGACGGAGUCCGACGUUGGAGUUGCAGUGCACCGAUUGGGCGACUGGCUGGUGAUUGAUGAUGGAAGUGAGUUGUCAUGGUGCCCGCACAGAAGUGGACCAGAUGAGGAUUUAUGGGCGGAGCGGGUCCGCGAUGCGGAACAACUUCAUCGGGCGUGUCAAGCCAAAGUCGAGGCAGCAAAGGCAAAGUCCAGAGAAAGACAGCAGUACUUGGAGAAGGUUAGAUCCAUGCUUUGGGAUGCUGAAGUUGCUGCAAGUCAGGCAGACGAAGAACUUCGAGAGGCUUUAGCUGAAGCAUCAAGAGCAGCAGAAGCGUGUGAACAUUUGAAAGCACCUGCACCAGAGACCUAUGAUGAUUUUCCAGACCCAGAUCCAGGUCAGGUGUUUGAGGAGGAACCACUGGAUUCACCUCCAUUGGGUUCUCAGGAUGAUCCGCAGUUGUAUCGGAACUUUCUGGGUCACUCCAUUCAACAGCUUCAGGACGAGCUCAUUCAGCCCAUCGCAGCAGAGAAUGAAGAACAAGAGGUUGCUCCUUCGCCGACAAAAUGUCAGGGUGAGCUGGUGCUUUUGGAUGGCCCUCCUGCAUCAUUUCAUCAGGUGGGUGUUUGGAAGAUGGCAGAUGAUGCGUCUGUGGUGGUGGGGAGCCGCCUGCUCUGCCUUGGCAAUUCAGAACACCCCAAGCUGACUUUGUACCUGCACGGUGACAGGAUGAUCUCUGACACCAUACUUUUGGAACACUGGCUUGAAUGCUUGAUGGCCGGCGUUCCAGAGUUUGCCGUUUGCUUUCACCGCGAUGGCGCUGUUCAGUCCUAUUCCAUCUACAAGCUCUCUGAGUUGCAACGCUUUCUUGAAGAGAGAAUGGAGCUGGGCCGGCGUGUCCAGAUGACCUUAGAGGUGUUGCGCUGGAUCAAGCGCCAGUGCCGCUUGGAGGGCUGCAGCUAUUGGUUGUCGAAGGACAAAAAGGAUGCAUCCCUCAAGCUUAUCAAGUUGUCCGGAAAUGACUACCCACAAGACGAAGGCAGCGGAGGCUCUGCGUUGCCAGUCUUUGGACCCAAUGCCAACGGCUUGGUCUUGAAAAACACUUUCCUGGAGCUUCCAGACGAGGAUGAGCCCUCCAGCUUUCGUCGCGCAUUAAGCUGCCCAGCUCGUUUUCUGGGGAAUGUCAUCGAGGAUGACCUGUGUCACGUGUCACCUUUCUGCAGCCGCAUCUCGACGCUCUUCUUCUGCCGUGCUGUCUCCUCCACGCCUGGCCCAGAUGCAGCGCGCUUCUUUAGGCAGGUCUUGGACCUGGAGACCUACAUCCCACAGGUCGAGGAUGAGGAGGGUGCUCCUGCAAGGUUGCCAUCAAGUACUGCCGGAAGAGCUGCUUUGCAAGCCUGCAGUCACUUGGGCUUGGCACUCUGUGAACUGGAAGCCUACCACACCUACCACGACUGCUCUGAUGAGCCGGGCUCCUUUUGCGCGGCCACCGUGGCAGAGCCGGCAGCCUUGUUGUCAAGGCUUCGGCAUGACCUGAGCCUGAGCAUGCGUCCAAGGUAUCGCAUGCUCCCUUGGACUCGGGCAGUCUCCAACGUGAGCACAGUGAGUGCGCUCUUUGUGGCUCUUCCACCAUGGCCGUCCGAGUUGAGAAGCUGUGCUCCAACCGAUGUGGCGCCCGCCACCGUCGCGCUGAAGAGAGCGGGUGAUGCCUUGGACUUGCUGAAGAGCGCCUCCAAGGAGGAGACGAAGCGUUUAGAAGCGUUGGCUCUUCCCAUCUCUGCAUUGGUGCUGCUACAGCUGGCUUCGCUUUUGCUCAAAGGCCCUUUGUCAAAGAGAAGACAGGUUAUGAUUUGGCAAGCGCUUCAGAUGGGACGGACCUUUGUCUCCCUGGACAGCACGCCGAGACCCGACCUGCAGCCCUUCUUCUCCCAACUUCCUUUCAAAGAGGAAUUGCUGCUGAGAUUUGAGUAUUUAUCUGGACGCGCGCUCCUGCUGUUUGCCAACGAGGAGACCAACAUGCCUGAGGAGUCAUCGAAGGAGUGUGUCUUGGAUGAGCUCCAGCAUCAGCUAGCCAGGCUUGAAGAAUGGGCUGAGACUCGCACCGAGGAAGAGGAAGACAUGGACCUCAGGUGGAAUCUUUUCGAGGGCGAUGAGGUCCGACCUCACCGAUGGCGGCUGCAGGCUGCCUGGCACCUGGAGCGCAGUGUGCGCAGUGUGCCACCGCAGAUCCUCGAGGCAGGAUCCCAAAGAGGAUGCAGUGCACUCCUAAAUGAGCUGAUGAUGAUGGUGUCCAUCUCCCUCUCCGAGUCUGCUGUAGCGAGCGUGGCAUUGGACAAACUUGAAGAUUCUCCAGCAGAUCACGCAGCUCCCUUGCAGGCCCUCAAGUCCGCCAAUGAGCACUUGUGUCGGGCAGAGGACUUGGCCGACGCUGCUGGCCACAAGGCUGCUGCUGCACUGGCGAGAGCCAGCAGGGGGCACCUUUGUGGCGUGGCCGCUGAUGAGAUUGCCCACGCGGCUCAGAGAGGAUCUUCGAAGAAUACCUUGGAGACCUUCCUAAACCCAGAAGAGGCGGAAGUGGUACAGUGUUUGUGUGAUGAGGAUGAAGUCUCCGCAGACAUGGCUAGUGCAAUGGAUUGGAUCGGGCGACUAAGCGAUCGAGCGGUCUCCGAGACCUUUGCUGCCCUGCAAGGCCUGGACCAAGUGGUCGAGUCUGAUGCCGCAGCAGUUCUGAAUCUGAUGGCCAGUGGAGCAAUACAGGCAGCAGUGGGCCGCUUGCAGACCUUGCCGCCACCGAGCUUGUCAAUCGAGGAGUGCUGCAGAGCACAGCUUGAGAUGCUGGGCCAGGCUGCCGAGUUAAUUCCAGAAGGCUUGUCCUCUGGAAGUUUGUUAGGCAAUCCUCCUUUGGAAUGGCAAGCAGCAAUCCUCGCAGCUCAAGCGCACUUGGCCAUGGCUGAGGUGCAGAUCAAGCUCAAUGCUUUUCCUCAUGGAAGGCAGAAACCGAAGCAGCGCGCUUCGUGGUAUUUGGAAAAGGGUCGAUCUGCUCUUCACAGGGCAGCAGCAGUUGCCAAGACUGAGGAUGAUGUGGCAGUGAAUUUACUGCUUGUCCAUGCGCACCUCUUGACUCAAAAACUUAGCCAAGAGAUGGGGCCUAAGAAGCUCGAACAAGGCUUGGAGGAGCUCCUAGCCGCCGCCCGGAUUCCUGUUUCAGUGGCAGCGGCAGAAGGCAAAGUUCCUUUUGCAGGAUGUGGUGUGCCGCUGCAGCUCCAGGCUGCUUGGCGAGAAACCAGACUUCUGCUGUUGGAUCGCAUUCGCAGUGCGCUGCGUGCGCUUUGCACUGGUGCUUCAAACGAAGGCUCUGAAGGCUGGAAAGAACUCUAUCGCUUCUCUCUGAAGCUUCAGCCGUCUGAACUCAAGGACUUGGUCUUCAUGUACGAUAAAGUUUCUAGCCCCAAGUAG